CAGGCAGGCUCUUCCGGGGCGCGACCUCAGGUUACUGGAGGUUCUCAAUCUAAAGAUGGCGGGUUCGGCAGCGAGGGCUGGGAUGGCACUGCGUACGAAUAUCGGCCGGCCGGUUGCGUUUGUCAGAAAAAUCCCCUGGACCGCGGCCUCGAGUGAGCUGAGAGAACACUUUGCACAAUUUGGCCAUGUACGAAAAUGCACUGUACCUUUUGACAAAGAGACUGGCUUUCACAGAGGUAUGGGCUGGAUUCAGUUUUCUUCAGAAGAAGAACUUCACAAUGUACUACAACAGGAAAAUCAUGUUAUUGAUGGAGUAAAGCUCCAUGUUCAAGCUCAAAGACCCAAAACUUUGCAAGGGGAUCAAACAUCUGAUGAAGAGAAAGAUUUUUGAGGCCAUCACUGUCUAUUAAAUAAAGUAAACAAAACUGGAAA